AUGGAAUCUUUGAUGUUAUUACAUUUCUCCAUAAAUUCAACAGUAACUUCGCGCCAGACACGAUUAACGAUUUCAACCCUUCAUUAUGAUAACUCUAUUCAUAGAGAUUUGCAUUCAGGAAAUAUAUUAUAUUCUGAAUAUACUGGCAAUUGGUAUAUUAGUGAUUUUGGAUUUUGUGGACCUGCUGAUAAACCAUUAGAAA